AAUGAUCGUGAGCUUCUCUUGUAAAGGUUUGCGCUGCUCUGAGGGUUUGUGAAAGUGAAGAGAGAGAGGGGAGGUCGCAGUGAGUUGUCCUGUUAGGUAAGUUGAAUCUGAGGGUUUACAUGAACACAUCACCGGUCACGUCUUUAUGAACGAGCUUUACCUUCCCCUGAAAUAUUUGAUACUAUUUGAUUCCACGUGUUUUAGAACAAUAGCUUAAAAAAACAUUUUAACUCGAAGAGAGAGAGAGAGCACUGUCCAACGUGACGCCCAAAAAAAUACAAUUAAUUGGUUGCCUGGGAUUUACGUUUUGGUUGCCGUGGUAUCGAAACAGGAAAUGGUUUACUAGUAUCGUAUUGAAAUUCUGGUGUCGUGACCACCCCACAUUAUACACUUUUUCUUUAAAGAUCACAUAUUCUCCUCCUCUUCAACCAGUUUAAAUAAUUCUCAGAGCUCCUCAAAACAUGUCUGUGAAGUUUCUUGUUCUAAAUCCACUCUGAUCCUUUAUUUGAUCAUGAACUAUAAACCCCUCUAUUUCAGCCCUGCUCAGAACAGACUGUUUCUGUGUCUGUACCUUUAAAUGUAAAUGAGCUGUGUCUGACCACGCCCCCUCUCUUGAAGGGCUUGGGUUGGCGCAACCUUUCUCGCUCCAUGUCCUAUUGUUUACAGAGAGAAGGCAGACUCAGAGGGCAGAACAAACACCUAGCUGUGGGAGUGUCACCCACCUGGGGAGGAGUUACUGCCCUUUGUGAUGUCAUGAAGGGAAAGUCUCCAAACAGCCUGUUGGAGCACACAUUUUCUGAAAAGUGGAGCGGAUGGACUUUUCUCAUGAUUGGGCGGUUUGUAGACAGACUAAAGACACAUAUUAGUGUUAGAGAAACAUGGUGAAGUGUAAUUUGCAGAAUAUGUGACCUUUAAUUUGAAAUCUUGUUUGCUGUUUAAUGGACAUCAGUCUAAUCUUUGACAUAGUGUAGGCGACCUUUAAUCCCUGAGUAAUAUGAACCCUAUAAUAAGCUAUAUGCACAAGCUGAUAUUAGCUCAGUGUGCCACCUUACACUGUCAUGAUACCAGAAUUUAAACUGUGAUGUGAUACCAAGAUCUCAAUUCCUGUUCUGAAGUCACAACAACAAAAUCAGAUGUCUAACACACCCAAUGUCUUGUUUUUAAUCACCAAAAACUGCAAGCGAACGUCUGCACACGGGUCUAUGUUUCAGACAGUGCCUCCUCCUCCUCUGCUCUCUCGCUGUCUGUAAGUCAUUAAUGUAACGUUGGCAUCUUUGAGGCGCCAAAAGGUCUUCAGAAACGUCACCAUUUGACGACCUGUGAAUUUAAAAGGAUCACCGCUGCUCUCUCUCUUCCUCUCGUGGCAGCUUUUAGUUAUAAAUCUGACUGAGGGUCCGCAGGUUUUUUCUAAAAACUUCAAUACUUUUUGAUAUUUUGGUUGUGUUAAAUAAUGAACACCAGCGCUUUAAAACAUGUGGUAUCAAAAAAGUAUCACAGUAUGAAACAUUUUGACGACCUUAGUGCCACGAACAACAUUCAUCUUUGUCUAGACAACAUUAUCAGAGAGGAAAAGGCUUAAAAUAUUUCCUGAUUUCAGGGCAUUCAAAGCAGUCAGUUUUACUUUCUUCACUGCGAGCUGGUCGAAGCUGCCUGACCGUCUGUUUUUUUUAGAUUGAGCAUAACGAGAGUGAACCGGUGAUGUUGUGGAAGUCGUUCCCGGACAGUCAGAGAGUUCAAAUAACUCCCGUCAGAUCUGACAUUUUAAUAUUAAACCCUUGGAUUGAUCUCGUUCUCCUUUGGUUAAUAGAAAGAGGCUCUGACCACGCUUUACAUUUACCUUGAAAACAACAUAAGUAUUAAACACCCGGCUAAUGCCCUUAAAGCCGGAUGUUUUCAGUUUGCAGGUUAUAAAAUAAAAAAGCUCUUCACUGUUUCUGCCUCUAACAAAGCAGUGCUGCUCAUCCAGUGCUCGGUUUAUGGCGUCUAUCGUAAAAGUCAGACUGUAUACAGAAUGGACAACGCUCCUCCACCUCCCCCUGUUGUGCAAAAAUGAGUCCACAGCAUGCAGUUUCUGUGCAUGCGAGUCGCUCUGCCCAUCAAACCAGCACAUCACAAGAUGUAUUUACUGAAGAGUAGCCCACUAUUUUCUUUAAAUAUCAGAUGAAAGCUGCAGUCGGCCUGAUGCUCGCCGUAUUCAGUGCAGCACGCUUUACACAGCGAGGCGGCUGUGUAAAGCUGUAAUUACUGUAAUUCAAAAUAAACUUCUCAGAAAAGGUGACUUGAACACAAAUCCUCACCACGACGCCAGUGGGUUUGAUUAUCAUCUGUUAACAAGGAGGGGGCGGGGCUUAUGUCCGACUCUGCAGCCAGUCAGUAGGAGGAGCUCUGAAUAUUUGGGCUUCACUUGACGCGAGGUGUUUCAGCGUCCAUUCUUCAUACAGUCUGUGGUUGGAACUAAAUGAAUUGUGUUUUCACGCGGCAGUGAGUUGUUGAAAGCUUAAACAGCAUUCAUAAACAAACGUUUAAAACUCAAGUUCAGCUUUUUGUCGACGCAGCGGAGAACGACACAAACCUGUAAAUACACAUUUUCUAGAUAUUUACCAAACUUUGGGAGCGCCUCGAUUUUGUAGAAGCUCCGAGAAGAGGUUUGCCCUUUUUAAUUAUGCAAAUUCACAGAAAAAAAAUUCUAGACGAGGACGCCAACCAACCCACUUGUAGGAACGUUUUCAGUAGUUGUUUUUUUUUUUUUAAACCAUGUUUCUGAUCGGACAAAGAGGAAAAUUUCUGUUGCAGCUGUUUCACGACUUCUUACUUCACUGUACCAUUCUUUGAUUUGAUUGGUCGUUGCCGGAUGGUUUGUCCCGCUCUGUUUUCUCGCCCCUUCACAGCUGUGCACCAUCAACAUGGAGUUUUUUGUUUUCUUUUUUUUAAUGUGAAGACUGUUUUUCCUUUUAGUUUUUUUUUCUUUUUAUGCAUGUUGAGAUGACCUGGCUGGUUUUUAUCCUUGUUUUUAUCAGUUUGUAUUGAUUUGUGGAUUUAAAAACAAAACACAAAAAACAGAGAAAAAAAACUAUUGUUCAACCUGCAGAGUCAAAUUUUGGUAUAUAAUUUGAUGUGUACAAUAACUUGUGACAUUAUCAACAGAACUAUUAUAAUACUUUACUAACAUGUCAAUCAAAUAUGUAACGGUCAUGUACGUGUUCUUUUUUCUGUUCUGCAGUUUGUUAGCCGGGCCGGCGCUGAGGUUGCUCCCUGCUGUGUUGCCCGUCUUUUAACGCUUCAAAAACGCCGUCAUUGAUCGGCAGAAUCUUUUUACAGGUGUUGUUGGCUAAUCUCUGAAGUCGUGCAAUACUAAUAUUUCACCGCUUCUUCAGCUACACUUUUAUUUAUUUUUGAAGCAGAGGAGAUUGAGCCAAAGACAUUUUUAAAGGGAUUUUUUUUUUUUAAGGGUUAAUUUCCAUCAUUUGUUUCCCAAAUCCGUUUGAGGGGAUCUCAACUCUUAGAGUCUUUACUCUUUGCAAUGAAGUCGAUUUUAAUUCAUUUCUUGCCAGUAGAUAUCAUCCUAUGAAUCUUUUUUUUUCAACAGCCGUCUGUGUCGUCUCUAAGGAGACCACAGCGAACCCAGCGUUUGUGUGUGCGUGUGCGUGUGUGUGUGUGUCGGGCACACGUACAGGGAGCAACCUCUUGCCCAGCCAUUAGAGAGCACUGUGUUCAGCCUUCUAUAAACGCCACAUCUCUGCACCGUUCUCUGUUCGCUCUCCUCUGUUGUCCCCCCCUGCCCCCCUCCCCCUCCGCUGCAGUGAAUCAAUGGCACACCUGUUCUCCCAGUUCUCCCACUCCCAUUGGUUCCUCCCUCGUGGGUACAAAAAUAAUGAAUAGAUCUGUUUUACUCUUCUUCAUUUCAAUUGGUGGUGGUUAUAAUAAAGGAUUUAGACUGUGUUUCAAAGGUUUAUUUUCUUUUUUUAUUUGUUUCUCUAUUAAAGUGUUUUUAUUGAAACUG